AUGGAUGUGAGGGUGAUCUACUGCCUACUCUUUUGGGCUGCGCACUUCUUCCUGGCCAUGCCAUACACCACUCCCAGGGUUCUCGGUAAUGAAUCAAAGACUGGUUAUGAGCAAGAUGCCUGUAUAAAUCUAAUUCCCUGCCAAGAUAAUGGAGCAAUUUGUAUUCAGCCUUGCUCUCCCUCCUUCCAUGGGGAGACAAGCUUUGUCUGUGAGGACAGAAAGUGGCAGAUGCUGUCAGACGCUUGUGCAAGCCUGGAUGUUCAGUCCCUUUUUCAGAGGAUAUCCCAAAGUGAACUCCCAUGCCAUGGAGGACAUCUUCCUGUUUCAGCAGGAGGAAAGCUAGGGCCUGGGAAACUUGGAGAUGGGGCAAAACAUUUUGGUGCUGGGAAUCAUAGCUGCCAAGCUGAUUUUUCAUGCAUCAUCCCAGAUAUCCUGUCUUCACCAGCCAUCCCAGGAAACAUUGCUGAUAUAGUGGACUUGCUAAAGAAGAUUUCCCUGCUGCUAUCAGAGAAUGUCACUAGAGGAAAAAUGCAGAGCUACAGCAGAAUAGCAAACCAUAUUCUGAACAGCUCCAUCAUUUCCAACUGGGCUUUUGUGAAGGACAGAAAUGCUGGUUCAAUACUGCUGGACUCGGUGAAUUUAUUUGCUGGGAAACUUCUUUUAAGGAAUGGGUCAGAAAGUAUCCAGGAGCCCUUCAUCGCUACCAAAGGCUACAGCAUACACAGAAACACUUCAGGAAAGAGCUUUGACUUUUCCAUGGAGUUGAACAGCACAGGCAAUAUUACUGGCCACGUGGUGAUUCCAGAGCAAGAGCUGCUGAGGUUGCCCAGGGCUUCCAAAGCCAUCAGCGUUGCAUUUCCAACGCUCGGAGCCAUCCUGGAGACGAACCGGCCGGACCCCCCUGUUGUGAACGGGAUGGUGCUGUCGGUGUCGCUGCCAGAGGAGCUCCAGAGCGUUUUGCUCACCUUUGAGAAGCUGAACAAGCUGGAGCAGGUGGGGGCUCAGUGCGUGGGGUGGCACUCGGCCGAGCGGCGCUGGGACCCGCGGCCGUGCCAGGUGCGCGCGCACAACGCCAGCGCCGUGGUUUGCGUCUGCGUCCACCGGCGCCGCACCUACGCAGCCUUCUCCAUCCUGAUGGCCCCAGCCGUGCCACGGAGCUCCCUGCUGGACUACAUCACACGGGUGGGCCUGGGGCUGUCCAUUCUCAGCCUGGUCCUCUGCCUUGUCAUCGAGGCCAUGGUGUGGCAGCAUGUCACCAAAACUGAAAUCACCUACAUGCGCCACUUCUGCUUGGUCAACAUCGCCGCCUCGCUUCUCGUCGCUGAUGUCCUGUUCAUCCUGGCAGCCAUUGUGCACAAUGCAGCCCUGAACUACCAGCUGUGUGUGGCAGCCACUUUUUUCCUUCACUUUUUCUAUCUUGCCCUGUUUUUUUGGAUGUUUACCCUGGGCCUCUUAAUUCUCUAUGGAUUAUUAUUAAUUUUUUUUAAGAUAACAAGAUCUGUGUUCUUAGUUGCAGCGUUCUCUAUUGGAUAUGGAUGUCCCUUGGUCAUAUCUGUCCUCACUGUUGCUAUUACUGAACCAAAGAAUGGGUAUUUAAGGAGUGGAGCUUGCUGGCUCAAUUGGUACGAGACAAAAGCCCUUUUGGCUUUUGUUGUACCUGCCCUGAGCAUCAUUGUGAUGAAUCUCAUUGUGGUGGUCGUGGUUGUGGUGAAGACUGGGAGAUCCUCCCUUGGAGAAGGCUGCAAGUCACAAGAUUUGAGCAGCAUGAUCCGAGUCAGCAAAAACGUUGCCCUUCUGACACCUCUGCUGGGCCUCACCUGGGGUUUUGGGUUAGCCACAAUCAUCGACAGCCGCUCUCUGGCCUUCCACGUUGUGUUUGCGCUGCUGAAUGCCUUCCAGGGAUUCUUCAUCCUGUUGUUUGGGACACUUCUGGACAGAAAGACAAGAGAAGCAUUAAGGAUGAACUGCUUUUCAUCAAGGCGGAAGUGGGGUCUAGAAAAGGUAAAGGCUAUUUAUUUUCCUGUUAAUGGCUAA